AUGACCACCAUCACCAUCUCCACCACCAUCACCGCCUUCAUCGCAUUCACCACCACUAUCGCCAUCACCACCACCAUCAGCAUCAUCACUACGACCACCAGCACCAUCAUCACCAUUGCCAUUAUCACCACCACCACAUCGCCAUCCCUACCACCGUCACAACCAUCACCUCCACCAUCACCAUCCCUACUAUCACCACCAUCAUCAUCACCACCACAAACACCCCCACCCGUUUUCUCACCAGCUUGGGCUUUAGCCACUAAUUGUAACAUCUCGGCGGUCCAGAAAAAAGUGAGGAAAUACCAUCUGCGGAGGGAAGGGUACACGCUGAAGGUGAACGUGAAUGAUUACCUGGACAUCUACUGUCCUCAUUACAACGUGAGCCAGCGGGGCGUGGCCGAGCAGUACGUGCUGUACAUGGUGAGCUACCGUGGCUACCGCACGUGCGACCCUCAGCUCGGCUUCAAGCGCUGGGAGUGCAACCGUCCGCACGCGCCACACGCGCCCAUCAAGUUCUCCGAGAAGUUUCAGCGCUACAGCGCCUUCUCGCUCGGCUACGAAUUCCACGUGGGCCACGAGUAUUACUACAUCUCCACGCCCACUCAUCACCAUGGCCGCAGCUGCCUGAGACUGAGAGUGUACGUCUGCUGUUCAACAGCAGAUACAGAGGAUGAAGCACAGCCUACAGAGCCAGAUUACACUCUAAGACCUAACAUGAAAAUGGAUGACCCCGAUGAUUAUGACAACCCCGAGGUCCCAAAACUGGAGAAGAGCAUCAGUGGCAGCAGUCCAUCCAGGGAACAUCUCCUCCUCACAGUAGCCACGCUCUUCCUCAUUGCCCUCUCCAUCUCCUAGCACUCGCCUGCAGGAAGUGGUCAUGCCGCCGAAGCCUAGAGGACUGCAGGGGCGGGAUGUGGAUGUGAGGAAGAUGAGGACGAUGGAAGGACAAGCGUUUAAAAACCAGGAGAGGAACGGAACAGCGGGAACAGGACUAGCGAGACGCUAAGGCCUUCUUCUGUUCUACAUGAGUGGAACAUGACUUUACAAUGACAACUUUGCCAAUCAGCUCGAUCCAUGCUGUCUGAAAGCGUCCGUGUGUGUGUGUGUGUGUGUGUGUGUGUGUGUGUGUGUAGCUGAGCGACUGUUCACACACAUGCUGUUUGCAAAUCAUUCGAGCGAAUUCCUCCUCUCAGUUUAAUUAUUUACUUUACUAACUAAUGAAUGGCCGCUUAGCGAUGAAGUCGAAUUGAUGCUGAAGAUGAAUGAUGCAUUAACAUUCAAGUCAUUAUGGAUCAUUAACAUAAAACUUGUUUAUGUAAAACAAGGCUGUGGUAAAUGAUACGUGUGCAUCUUAAGCAGCACCUAAAGAGCUUCACUGUCGAUUCAGUUCAGCGUCCAUCUCUCUCUCUCUCUCUCUCUCUCUCUCUCUCUCUCUCUCUCUCUCUCUCUCUCUCUCUCUCUCCAUAUCUCUCUCUCUCUUCGUCU